GAGCCUCCUCAACCCACCGCGCCUCUCGCUCCCCCUACCUCCGCUUCCUCCCUCCACCCUCCCCUCCGGCACCGGCGCCGGCGAGCCCACCCCCGAUCAGGCGAAGGCGAUCGGAAGAGAUGGGGCUCACGUUCACCAAGCUGUUCAGCCGGCUCUUCGCCAAGAAGGAGAUGCGGAUCCUGAUGGUGGGGCUCGACGCCGCCGGAAAGACCACCAUCCUCUACAAGCUCAAGCUGGGGGAGAUCGUCACCACCAUCCCUACCAUCGGAUUCAAUGUUGAAACUGUGGAGUACAAGAACAUCAGCUUCACUGUUUGGGAUGUGGGGGGUCAGGACAAGAUCAGACCUCUGUGGAGGCAUUAUUUCCAGAACACCCAGGGUCUCAUCUUUGUUGUGGACAGCAAUGAUAGGGACCGUGUUGUUGAAGCCAGGGAUGAGCUUCACAGGAUGCUGAAUGAGGAUGAGUUACGUGAUGCUGUGCUGCUUGUCUUCGCUAACAAGCAAGAUCUGCCAAAUGCUAUGAAUGCUGCUGAGAUCACUGAUAAGCUUGGACUGCACUCCCUUCGCCAGCGACACUGGUACAUCCAGAGCACCUGUGCUACAACAGGUGAGGGAUUGUAUGAGGGCCUGGACUGGCUGUCCAGCAACAUUGCCAGCAAGGCCUAAAUUUUAACAAGAGUUGCAUAAGCUAGGGGGAGCUUUGGAUGGAACAAUGGGUAUUUAGGGCCGUGGUUGCUAUUCCCAGUAUGUAAGGUGUAACUCCGAGCUCAAUAGUUAUUGAGCUUUGGUUAUGAUUUCACGUUUAAAUGGUUUACUGUACUUUGAGCCUUAAAUAUGUUUCUGAAUCAAACAGCUAUUAAAUUGAGUUCUUGAAUUAUUUGUGGUUUGGAUG